CUCAAAACAGAAUUCAAAACAACCAUUAAAAUGCCACUAAAUUUAAACACAAUGAAGAACUAAAGUGAGAGGAACAAAAGGAGCAGAGUCUCCGAUCACCGUCACGGCCGCACCCUCCUCCACCACCACCACCACAAUGGGUAAAGCCUCGGCGGCGAUUCAGACCCUCAGCUUCUACCUCUCCGAACACCCUUCUAUUGUAGGAUUCCGAUGGAGCCACGCCCAAUCCUGGGGCUCCACCUGGUCCUUCCUCUUCACCUCAAUCGCCGUUUACAUCGUCAUCUCCCUCUUCCUCCACCUUCUACUUGCCAUAUUUCUCCGCCGUGGCCGACCCGUCCCUCUAGGUCCAUUACCGGCGAUCCAUUUCCUCUCCGUGGCCCUCGUCUCCGCCACCAUCUUCGCCGGAAUUCUGCUCUCCGCCGCCACGGAAAUUAAAGAGACACGGUGGUUCUGGCGCCGGUCAAAAACCCCUCUCCAGUGGCUCCUCUGUUUCCCUCUCGGUACACGCCCCUCCGGCCGAGUCUUCUUCUGGUCCUACGUCUUCUACCUCUCGCGCUUCCUUCACAUGUUGAGGACCGUCUUCGUCAUCCUACGACGUCGUAAGCUCGUGUUCUUCCAGCUCUUCUACCACUCAAUCUCCGCCUUCACGUCGUUCCUCUGGCUGGAAUACUCGCAGUCGUUUCAGGUGCUGGCCAUUCUGUUCACAACGCUGGCGUACGCCGUCAUGUACGGUUACCGGUUUUGGACCGCCGUCGGGUCGUCGGCGCGUGGCGCGUGCUUCCCGCUUGUGUUGAAUUGCCAGGUGGCGCUGUUGGGGUGCAAUCUGGUGUGCCAUGUUGGGGUGCUUCUGAUGCAUUUCUUUAAAGGUGGGUGCAAUGGGAUUGGUGCUUGGGUGCUCAAUUCUGUGCUGAACGGUGCCGUUUUGUUUCUGUUUCUCAAUUUUUAUGUGAGGUUGUAUCUUGGGAAGAAGAGGAAGGUGAAUUGUGUUGGAGAAGAGGAAGCAGGUGCAGACAAACUGAAGUCCAAUUAAUGCACAAGGGAUUUAGAAUAAUGUGUUUUUAAUCUAUGAUGUUUUUGGGGUCCAAAAUGUUAAUCUGUUGAUACGGACCAUCUUCAUUUUUUUUGUAAGAAGCAUGCAGGUCUGUCUCUACAUGAAUCAAAUACAAUAGGCAGUUAGAAUUUUUGUUGAGUAUGAUAAAUUAUGUAAGUUAUAUAUACACACUAAUCUCUACAAUGAAAGAAAGUGUAUGAUCAUGUUAAUUACUUGCAAA